ACCAGAAUGAGGGCAGUUUCUGUUGCUCUCACUUGGGCAUGGGGCCUUUGCUCACUGCUGAAUGCUGGGGGAGUUGAGGGAAUGAGUCUUCGUGGAGGAAGGCCUUCCGGGUUGAUGGUCAGAGAUGAGCAGCCAUUGCAAGAUAUUGUGACUUGGGAUGAAGACUCAAUCUUCAUUCAUGGCGAGAGAGUAUUCCUGUACAGUGGCGAAGUGCAUCCAUACCGACUACCCGUUCCCGAUCUCCACCUCGACAUCUUCCAGAAAAUCAAAGCACUCGGAUACAACUGCGUUUCAUUCUACGUCGACUGGGCACUGCUCGAGGGCGAGCCUGGAGUAUACCGCGCUGAAGGCAUCUUCGAUCUCCAGCCUUUCUUCGAUGCCGCCCAAAAGGCUGGAAUCUGGCUUAUUGCCAGACCAGGACCAUACAUCAAUGCUGAAGUAUCUGGAGGUGGAUUCCCCGGCUGGAUUCAGAGGAUCAACGGCACGUUGAGAACAGCUGCACAAGACUUUCUAAACGCUACCGAUCUCUACAUGUCCGAAAUCGGCAAAACAAUAGCCUCAGCGCAAAUCACAAACGGCGGCCCAAUCAUCCUCGUCCAACCAGAAAACGAAUACACCCAAGCCCUCUCCUCCAUAAAACCCUUCCCAGACCCCGCAUACAUGACCUACAUCUACGCGCAACUGCGCUCCGCAGGCAUCGUCGUACCACUGAUCAGCAACGACGCCUCGCCAAAGGGCUACAACGCCCCCGGCCAGGAAGCCCCCGUCGACAUCUACGGCCACGACGGAUACCCGCUGGGCUUCGACUGCGCGAACCCCACUGUCUGGCCCGAUGGCAAGUUACCUACGAAUUGGCGGGAUCUGCAUGAGGAGCAGAGCCCCACGACGCCGUAUUCGAUUCUCGAGUUCCAGGCGGGGAGUUUUGAUCCCUGGGGGGGACCUGGGUUCGAAAAGUGCGCGACGCUUGUGGGAGCCGAGUUCCAGCGCGUUUUUUAUAAACAGCUGUAUAGCUUUGGCGUCACGGUUUUGAAUCUCUACAUGACGUGGGGUGGGACGAAUUGGGGGAACUUGGGCCACCCAGGCGGCUACACAUCCUACGACUACGCAGCCAUCAUCCGCGAAAACCGCCUGGUCGACCGCGAAAAGUACUCUGAGCAGAAGCUCCAAGCAAACUUCUUCGCAGUGUCCCCCUCCUACCUCACCGCCACGCGCGGCAACGCCUCCACGACCUCGCACUCCACUUCCCCAGAUCUAGCCGUGACGCCCGCAUACGGGAAAGACGGGUCAGGCUAUUACUUUGUCCGCCACGAACCGUACAACUCCCGGGACGAAACGCAGUAUAAACUGACAGUGAAGACGUCUGCGUUCGGCGACAUUGAGAUCCCGCAGUAUAACGGGAGUGAGGCGCUCUCGCUGAACGGGCGGGACGCGAAAGUCCAUGUCACGGAUUACGAUGUCGGUGGUGCGACGGUGGUGUAUUCUACGGCCGAGAUCUUCACGUGGCAGAAGUACGAGGAUAAAACUGUCUUGGUCGUGUAUGGGGGCCCUGGGGAGACGCAUGAGCUUGUGCUUGCUGUGACGGGGCUCGAGGUGCUGGAAGGGAAGGACGAGGUGAAGAGUAUCUCGACGCGCGGGUAUACGCUGUUGAAUUUCAAGAGCGAGGCGGGGAAGAGGAAGGUUGCGAGGGUUGGGGUUUCGGCGCCUUAUAUUUAUGUGUAUAUGCUUGACCGCAACGAAGCAUACAACUACUGGACCGUUCCUAUCUCGUCCUCAUCACCCACAAACGCCACUACCACAAGCUCUUUGAUCCUGAAAGCAGGCUACCUAGUCCGCACCGCCUCCCUGUCCAGCACAUCCACAAUCGCGCUGACCGGCGAUCUAAAUACCACAACCACACCCCUAGAAGUCAUCGGCUUCCCUCCAUCAACAGCAAACUCCACAUCCUUAACCUUCAACAACAUCCCCUUCCCUCUCUCCAUCUCCCCCAAAACGUCAUACUCGCUCCAAACAACGCUCACGCACACCCCACCAGCCAUCACCAUCCCGAAACUCGCAGAGCUAGAGUGGUACAAAAUCGAUUCCCUCCCGGAGUUAGGGGCCUCGUACUCUGACUCCGCAUGGGUCGACGCGGAUCUAGCGACGACCACAAACACACUGAAACCGCUCCUCACACCGACCUCGCUGUACGGCGCCGACUACGGGUUCCACACGGGCAGUCUCGUGUUCCGGGGCCACUUCACAGCGACGGGCGAGGAAACGAGUUUCUACAUCGCCACGCAGGGCGGUUCGGCAUUCGGACACUCUGUGUUCCUGAACCAGGAUUUCGUAGGGAGCUGGACCGGGUACGACGCCGCGAUUGUAGGGAACGGGACGUACGCGCUGCCGCGCAAACUCAUCAAGGGCGAUAGCUACGUGAUUACGGUUGUGAUAGAUAACAUGGGGUUGGACGAGAACUGGACGAUUGGGACGGAGACGAUGAAGAACCCGCGGGGGAUCCUGGACUACGCGUUCCCUGGUGCGGGUGGGAACAGCAGCACAAAGGUGGCGUGGAAGAUCACGGGGAAUCUGGGCGCGGAGAAGUAUAAGGAUGUUUUGCGUGGGCCGUUGAAUGAAGGCGCGUUGUGGGCUGAGCGGAUGGGGUUGCAUCUCCCUGGUGCGCUGGCGGCGACGAGGGAUUCGCUGCCGUGGGUCGAGUCUGGUCCACCUCUCUCUUCUUCCUCUUCUUCGGCGACGGGGAAUGCGUCGGCGAAUGCACCGGGGAUCUCGUUCUUCGCGACGACGUUUGAUCUCGACAUCUCAGACGACUACGACGUUCCGCUGUCCUUUGUCUUCGCCAAUGCGUCGUCGACUGCGUACCGUGCGCAGCUGUUUGUAAACGGGUUUCAUUAUGGCAAAUUUGUUUCCAAUGUUGGGCCGCAGACUGUUUUCCCUGUUCCCGAGGGCAUCUUGGAUUACCGGGGGGAGAAUUACCUAGGUGUGACGGUGUGGGUUCUUGAGGAAUCCGGUGUUGGAGGGGGUAAUGGGACGGCGUUGGGUGGAUUGGAGUUGGUGGCUGAUGGAGGGGUGAUUUGGAGUGGGAAGGAGAAGGUGAGGAUUGUGGAGGGGGAGAGGUAUGUGGAGAGGGAAGGAGCUUAUUAG